AUGUCAAGAUACAUCAUCGUGAAUGGCCUACCGAGUAAUGUAACGCCUGAAAAGCGCGCCAUGUUCUCACGACACAUGAAAAACAAAGUCUCUGAGGUUCUCGGCCAUGAAGACUUCCACAUUAAUUUGGUUCUUGAUGAGACCACUGGUCUGGUAACAGGUGCCUUUAUCUCCUUCGCCACGGUAUCCAAGGCAGAAGAUGCACUUGCCCGACUGAAUCUUUACCGAUUCACAAAGACAGAUGUAUUGACAACAUACCGUUGGUCUGCAUUGGAGUCUGCACGGGCACCACCAGAGGAAUACAAACCACCUGCUCUUACAGAGGAUGUGGAUUCGGAUCUUGUUAACACCAUGUCUGAAGACCCUAUGGCACGUCCACAGUUUUUUAUUAAACAAGGUGAAACAUUUGAUGUAGAGUGGUAUUGGUUUAAUCACCUAACACUCAAAGCGGAAUUGUACCGUAAACCACGUGCCUUAAAAACAGAUUCUAUUGGACAAUGGACAGAGAUGGAUCGUCGUCAGAAGAAAUUGGAUGCUGGUCUUGUUUAUGGUCCACUUACAUCUAUUCGUCCUAUGCCUGCAUGGUCUACAUUUGGUCGUUUAAUGAUAUCACAACAUACGAGUGGACUUAAAAUCUGGGGUGGACGUCAAAUGAAUUUAUUAUUUGAAGUUCCAGAACUUGAUAUUAAGGCCUUCCUUGUUUCACCACAGGAAAAAUACCUCGUAGUGAAAACAUUAAAUAAUCUGAGUGUGUGGGAUAUUCGUGUGGCUAAAAAGAUUCGCACACUUGGUGGUCUUGAUCUUGUGGAUGAUGAUAAAUGGCCUAUUACACGUUUCAACGCCGAUGACUCUCUUGUUGCUAUUGCACAUGCUAGUCUGGAACCUGGUGGUCCUGGUAAACUUUUCAUUUACCGUUCAGAGACUAUGCGUCUUUUACAGGCAGCUUCUAAUGCGGCACCAGCAUCACAGACCUUCAUGGUGAGUGGUUUAAAGAUUGCCGAAUGGAAUCCAGUUGUGGGUAAACAAAUGGCUGUGGUUUCAGAACUUGAGAAGAAUCAAGGAUGGAAGGUCACUAUUCAGAAUGUAACCGUGGAAGAUAAUCUUGUUUCGGAAGAAGUUAUUGAGCGACGUAACUUUUUACAAGCCGAACGUCUGGAACUUCUCUGGCAUCCACAAGGUACACAUCUUGUGGUGAAGGUCACUAAAUCCAACACCACGGAGUAUUCUCUCUUUGCUGUGGGUACAAAGAGUGCCUCCGUUACACAACUGCAAUUGGAAAAGGGAUUCACCGCUGGUCGCUUUGCAUGGCAGCCGUGUGGACCACACUUCGCCGUUAUUCUUGAGGAUCGCACAAAGAUGGGAGCAAUGGGAGCCACAUCUGAACUGCGUAUCUACAGUAUGAAGAAACAAUUAAAACUGCUUGGCCGUUAUCCAACAGGUGCAACACAUCUCUUCUGGGCUCCACGUGGGGCUCGUUUGGUGGCGACAAACUAUGAGAAAUCUAUUCUUCAUUUCUAUGGUAUUAAUGACAGUGGAAUGGCCAUUCAAUUGGAGAAACUCUCCGUUCCAACCACAGACACUGCGUGGGAUCCAACAGGUCGCUUUUACGCCUCAUGGACAUCUGCAUUGAAGAGUUCGAAUGAAACUCACUUCCGUAUUUACGAUCUUAACGGCAGAGAGUUAUUGCAGAAACAAGUACGUCGUCUCUCACACUUCUCAUGGCGUCCACUUGCUGCACCCGUGUUAACAGCUGAAGAAUUGAAAUACAUACGGGAACACCUGAAUGAGUACAGCCAACGCUAUCAACAUGAAUUGGAUGAACAGAAGGCAAAGGAAGAGGCAGAAACUCGUCGUGUUAUGCAAGAGAGGGAAGAAAAGUACAUGAAACGCAUGCGUGAAAUUGCACGAUAUCAUCGUGAUAAGAAUUUAACCACCACUCGAGAGGAACUUAUUGAAUCAUCUCCAUGGAGUCGACUGUGGGCACGCCGCUUAAAAUCUCUCCCAGAGGAAGAAACAAUGAUGCACGAGGACGUCACAGAAGAACGUAUCAUUCACCGCCGCGCACUUAAUUAA